AUGGAGAAUAUACAAGAAUUUGUCGACAGCCGCCUCCGCAACUUCCUCUCCUCGUUCUCGCGCCUCAAGCCCGAAGGCUGGAUCCGUCUCGUAUGGAUCGUGGGCGCCUACCUCCUCCUUCGUCCCUACCUCAUGAAGCUCGGUGCCCGCGCACAGGAGAAGCAGCACGAGAACGCCGCGGACGCCGCUCCCACAGACGCAGAAGUGCACCCCAAUGACCUACGGGGGGGCCAAAAAGUUGGUAUUGCGAUACCGGGCGUCGACAGCGACGACAAUGAGGAAGAGAGGACUGAGGCUAAGCCAGGGCAAUGGGGCAAGAAGGCUCGGGCCAGGCAGAGGAGGUUCAUACGUGACACGCUAGAGAAGGAGGAAAAGCGGCUACAGGAUGAGCAGGAGCAGGAGGAUCUAAGGGAGAUUGCUGAUUUGCUGGAAGACUAA